AUGACUAAACUACCCCUGAUUUCACCUGGAAUUACAGUCUUUCUUAUGAGAUCAUCCUUCAACGACGUCGUUCAAACAUUGAGUUCCUCUUUCAAAGUACGAAGUCAAAACCCUAAAUCUCCCCGCUUCCUUCUCAAAAACACCAUUUCUCAGACCAAAACCUCAUCUCUCGAACUAGAAUCACAAAACCUCUUCACCAUGAUCCGAUUCACAAGACCAAACCCAAUCCUCGAAUCCCUUUCCUACAACCUAAUCCAAAGAUGCUCCGCGGGCGGAACCCCAAAAGGCAAAACCAAACUCAAAACCCCGUUAAAACGCAACAAGCUCUCCACCACCAAGAAAGGCUCCGGAUCCAAACCCCCCGGAUCCGAAUCCGGAGACGAACCCGCCAAAGGCAAAACCCGAAUCUCCGACGAAAAACAAAAACUCUACGAACAAUGCCUCAACGCCCCUUGCCCCAUCCGCUCCCUCACCCCCAAAGAGGCCCAACGCGAGGCCCAACGCGAGAAGCUAGGGCUAAUCAGCAAAGACAAGCAACGCGAAAUCGAAACCCAGAAGAAAGCAAAGGGAAUCAACAACACCGAUUCGGAGCCGGUUCGGAUCGGAACGACCGGUUUGGAUUACGUCUCGUUGGGGAUUUUCAAGGCGGAGGAGUUGGUGAAGUAUAAGGUGACGGCGGAGGACGGGGAGAGGCUGGCGAAGGAGAACAGUAAGGUGUUGAUGAGGGAGAAUAGAGAGAGGAGGGCGGCGGAGACUGUGUUGCUGAGUUUGAAGAAGGCGGCGAUCGAGGCGUUGCCUGAGAGGUUGAGGGUUGCGGCGUUGGAGCCUGAUUUGACGCCGUUUCCGGCGAAUAGGGGGAUGGCCACGCUUACGCCGCCGAUUGAAGGGUAUCUGGAGAAGGUUAUGGAUGCGGCGAAGAAGAGUUCGAGUAAAGAGAAGUUGAGAUGAUUCCGUUUUUUUAAAAGUUGAUUCUACAUUCAGAAUGGAACAGAACCGAGAAGUGCCAUAGGCAGAAACUUUAAGAGACUGUUUCUAGGGAUUCCAAGCUUGAGUUAAGAGCAUACAUUGAUGCAGCUUCUUGUCUUUUAUUUUGCAAACUCGAUAAGUGAUCAAGUCUGAAUCUUAAUAAAUUCUUAAAGCUGCGUAUCUUGAUAAGUCAUAAAGUCGUUGUAUCUCGCUUUUUUUUGGAACAACCCAAGUCUCUGCAUCUCUGGAACUUGGCCUUAUAAUACGUCCCUGAUUCAAAUGUUUUUUACCAACUAUGAUCCAUUAGGAUCUCAAAAACAUUAACGUUCUUCUUUCACUUGUAUUAAAACAACAAUGGGUAACAAUAAAACAAACUAAAAUGGAGUAGGCUGUAAAAGUCUUUACAUAACGUGAGAUUAAUCUGGCUUCUAGCAACUCAAAAAUGUAAGUACCACUGGAAUCCUUAUGACAGCCUUAAGGGAUGUAUUGCGACGCCAUUUUGCGCAGACUUUAGGCAUCCCCAUCUUCCAAAUCGCGUUUCCUGCCAUAGCGAACACAACAGUUUCGAGAUUAGCAUUCACACACACACAAAAAAAAAAACAGAGAACAAAGAAAGACACAAGAUAAGAGAGAA